AUGGCUAUGGAAGAAAACAAACGUGAUGUCAAAGACCAACCUACCAAAACAAAUAGAGGAGGAUGGCAUGCUGCCAUCUUCAUCAUAGUUAUGGAAGCUGCAGAACAAUUUGCAAACAUUGGAUUGAGUACAAAUUUGAUUUUAUACCUCAAUAAAGCACUUAACGAGCCAUUAACUGAAGCUGCUAAGAACAGAAACACUUGGGUUGGUGUUUCUUCUAUCUUUCCUUUGCUUGGUGGAUUCAUUGCUGAUUCAUAUCUUGGUAGAUUCAAGACAAUUAUCAUUGCAUCUCUCAUCUAUCUCUUGGGCAUGCUUUUGUUGACAGUAUCGGUCUCGAUACUAAAAAAUAAGAAGUUAUUCUUUGUCGCGCUUUAUAUAUUGUCUGUCGGUGAUGGCGGGCACAAACCAUGCGUACAAACGUUUGCCGCCGAUCAAUUUGCCGAAGACACCGAGGAGGAGAAAAACGCCAAAAGAUCAUUCUUCAACUGGUGGUACUUGUCAAUUGUCAUUGGUUCGGUUUUUGCCGUGUUCGUGAUCGGAUACCUAAUGGAAAAUGUAAGUUGGACUGUUGGGCUUGUAGUGUUGGCAUCAAUGUUGGCUAUAGCACUGUCAAUAUUCUUGCUAGGAAUGAAAAGAUAUACGAAGGAACGCCCAACAGGAAGUCCGAUCACUAGUAUUGCCCGAGUUUUUGUUGCUGCAGCUCGUAAGUGGCGCGUGAAAAACACGCCUGGUCGAGAUAAUUAUUGGUACGGUAAUGAUCAUGAUAGCUUACAUACUUCACAAUCUCCGCCCGUAAUUCAAACUUUGGCUCACACCGACCAAUUAAAGUUUUUGGACAAAGCAAUGAUCAUUGAUGAACAAGAUACAUCAAGAAAGGAUAUAAACCCUUGGAGACUAUGCUCAAUGACGCAAGUCGAAGAAGUGAAGCUCGUGAUUCGUCUCAUUCCUAUAUGGCUAACUUGCUUAAUGUUUACCGUUGUUCAAAGUCAGUUAGGAUCAUUUUUCGUCAAACAAAGUAGCACAUUAGACAGAUCAACGGUACAACAUUUCUUAAUUCCUCCGUCGGCGCUUCAAGGCUUAGUUGGAAUUGUGAUCUUGUUCGCAGUGCCCCUCUAUGACAAAGUUUUUGUCCCAUUCGCUAGAAAAUUUACAGGGCACCAAUCUGGUAUAACCGUUUUGCAAAGGAUCGGAGUAGGUCUUUUUUUGUCGAUAUUUACAAUGACUGUUGCAGCUCUUGUCGAAACUAAAAGGAUUGAUGUUGCUAAGAAUCAUAAUCUCUUAGGCAAUACUCAUGGCAAAGAAAUUACUAUACCAAUGAGUAUUUGGUGGAUGUUACCUCAAUACGCUAUUUGCGGAGUUUCGGAUGCGUUUACGAUUGUUGGACUUCAAGAAUUGUUCUAUGAUCAAAUGCCGGAUUCCAUGAGAAGUUUGGGAGCUGCAGCGUAUCUAAGUAUAGUUGGAGUUGGAAGUUUUGUUAGCAAUGGUAUUAUAAAUCUUGUAGUGAUAAUAACUUCAAAGAGCGGUGAAAAAUGGUUGGGAAGUGAUUUGAAUAAGGCACAUCUUAAUUACUUUUAUGGGGUAUUGGCUAUGUUAAGUGCUCUAAAUCUUUGUGUUUAUUUGUGGAUAGCCAAAGGGUUUGUGUACAAAAAGAGACAUGUGGUUGAAACAAGUACAGUGUAA